AUGGAGUAUGCCCGUAAUGACGCUACUGAGUGGAAACAAACAGGAGCAUCAAAGUUAACACAAGGAGGUCUGAAUGGUAAAGGAGAAAGUUCACGGCGAGAAAGUCAUUGGACACGACCCCCACAGGAUUGGCUCAAGUGUAACACAUAUGGAUCUUUUAUGAAUAUAGGAGUACAAAGUACUGUUGGAUGGAUUAUCAGAGAUGAGAAUGGUGUGUAUAAAGGAGCGGCUCAAGCUACUGGUAAACGAGUUAUGAAUCCAUUAGAGAGUGAGCUACAAGGCAUUUUAAUGGCUGUACAGCAUUGUUGGGCAUUGGGAUUUCGUAAGAUCAUACUGGAAAAUGACUGCAUCCAAGCAAUUGAUAUCCUCAAUGGUAAAACGUUACAUUUCAGUUUUUAUGACUGGAUCAGGGAGAUCAAGUGGUGGAUAAUGAGAUUUGAUGAAGUUUGA